AUGGCCGCGAAAGCCAGCAGCGUCGUGGAGGGCUCCGAGCGCGUCAAGAAGGGGCUGCCGUCGAUGCUGAAGGGCGGCGUGAUCAUGGACGUCAUGAACCCCGAGCAGGCGAAGAUUGCCGAGGCCGCCGGCGCGUGUGCCGUGAUGGCGCUCGAGCGCAUCCCUGCGGACAUCCGCACCCAGAAGGGUGUCGCGCGCAUGUCGGACCCGAAGAUGAUCAAGGAGAUCAUCAACGCCGUCUCGAUACCAGUGAUGGCCAAGUGCCGCAUCGGCCACUUCGUGGAGGCCCAGGUGCUGCAGGAGCUCGGCAUCGACUGCAUCGACGAGAGCGAGGUCCUCACGGUCGCGGACCACCACAACCACGUCAACAAGAACAAGUUCAAGGUGCCCUUCGUGUGCGGGUGCAGGAACCUGGGCGAGGCGCUGCGGCGCGUCGCCGAGGGUUGCAGCAUGAUCCGCACGAAGGGCGAGGCGGGCACCGGCGACGUGAACCAGGCCGUGCUGCACGUCCGCACCCUCCACAGGGAGAUCCGGAAGGUGCAGAUGAUGGACGAGGACGAGCUCUUCACGUACGGCAAGGAGAUCGGCGCUCCCGUGGAGCUGCUGAAGCAGGUGAAGAGGGACGGCCGCCUGCCCGUCGUCAACUUCGCCGCGGGGGGGGUGGCCACCCCGGCGGACGCCGCGCUGUGCAUGCAGCUGGGCGUGGAUGGGGUCUUCGUGGGCAGCGGCAUCUUCAAGUCCUCCGAGCCCGAGAAGCGCGCCCGCGCCAUAGUCAAGGCGGUGACACACUUCAACGACCCCAAGGUGCUUGCCGAGGUCUCCGAGAACAUCGGGGAACCCAUGACUGGGAUCAGCUGCGACGACCUCGCGGUCCGCUGGGCGGACCGCGAGGGCGGCAACAUGCAGCCCGCGGCCAAGAAGGCGAGGCAGAGCUACGCGGAGCCGGCCGCGCCGGCCAACACCUGGUGA